AUGUCAAGCAGACAAUAUGAACGCAAAGCAGCCUUCGAGGCCUUAUCGAAGGGGGCCUACCUGGAUGUCCUCCUGCCAAAGACGAGUGGCUUCGAUGCUGCAAGUCUCGUCGAAAGUGGAUCUGCAGAGGAGCUGGCAAAGCUUCCAACAAGACGGACCCUUUUCUUUGACGAGAAGACCAGAAUAUUACUCGUCCUGAGGACUGGCGCUUCUGAGGAAGAUGUCCGACAACUGUUACCGGAUCUUGAGAUAAACGCAAUUGCCCACGCCACAGAUGCCGUGCCUUCGAGCUCCGGUCACGCCGCCUCGGUCGCUGGCAAGCAUGAUAUCGCCACUUGCAAGGUUGCUGGAACGGAUGGAGUGCUCGUUACAUCUAGCAGCGAGCACACAUAUGUCAUCUGGAACAUCACUAUACACCUGACCCGACCUCGAGCGAGACUACAUCGCCCUGCUGUCUAUUUCACCGCCGCUAUUAGCCUUGCCAUUUCUCGGAACACACCAAGACACGAGAAUGUUUCCAACAUCAUGACACCGUACCAGUCGUCGCCAAGGAACGUGCUCGAGCCGCUCGCAAACACCAUGGAGUUCCGAGACAAGCAGAUUCAUCUUGCCGAGGGUCGCAUCACCAAGGUGGCGCCGAGCACGAUUUCCAAAGAUGAUUCAGCCAGGCCGAUUCGUGGGGCUACCAAACGCGCAUUUCCCAUUAUGCCCGCGGUCUUCGCGCGUGUGAGAUUCAACAGUCUGCCUGAUGGUGUCAUCGCGAGUCUGCAUCUCGAAACUCCGACCGUAGUGCCUGGGAUGUUGGAGGUUUCUGCUGUCGACGUCAAAGCUCUUGAUAAGACCGGCAAGAGCGGCGGUCGAAAUACUACCGACGCGAGACUCAACAAUUUUGGCGUGAUCGAUCCCACAGAUCCGGUAAAGACAGUCACAUGUCUUACUGAUGCUAUGCUACCGCUCAAGCUUAGCGCUGGCGAUGAACAGGUAUUGCUCUAUCAGAUCGCCGCGGAGAAUGUUGCUGCUACCCUUGCCGUCAAUAUACAAGUUGUCGUUAACCUAGAAGAAGGAAGCCAGGUGGAGCUAGUCAUCAAUCCACAAGCGAAGAUAGAUGCCAAGGCAAUUGCAGAUGACACCAUAUACCAGUGGUCACGAUCGACCCCUAAGGCAGUAGACGGGGGAGUGGCGUUGCCUCCACGCACCAGAUCGCUACCGUCUCACGCCAAGAUCUCCAACACGCCGCCAACACAAAUUUCAGGAGAUGAUACGGAUGGGAGUGUCUCCUUCCUGAUCUCAGCCCCAGAUACCGUCGCGCUUUCACAAUCGUUUAGCCUCAAAAUCAAAUGCAUAAACCAUAGCACAAGGGAGCGCUCAUUCAGCUUUCACUCAGUGCAGCAGAAGCCGGCUGUGCUUCGUGCACACGCCAAGACCACGGCGAGCAAGAGAGAAGAUCUGACGAUACCGCUACUAGAUCGCAGAGACAUGGCUGAUGUGUUCUAUCAUACACCAGUUGUUAAGAGCGGCGCGGUACGAGCUACUGCUAGCUGUGAGGUCGCGAUUAGCCUCAGCCCCUGCGUGCUCGGCGUAUUGAAUUUGGGACAGCUGAGGAUCGUGGAUCUGGAUGAUGGUCAGAUGGUUGAGGUCAAGGAUUUGCCGGACAUUGUAUGCCUUGAAGCUGAUGAGGCAAACGCAACAACAGAGGACGUUCGAACGAUCUUGCCUCCGGUUGAUGCAGAAGCUGAGAGGAAAGACAAUGAGUUUUUGGAUAUGGUCCAUGCAAGUUGGGAGGCUUCAGAAGGUACAUUAUUUGGAUGA